CCUAAAGGGAAACAAACGUGUGGUACGUCUUACGUCACCACGUUAACCCCGAAGCGGAAGUGAACACGUGGGAAGAAGAGAAGCACCGUCUCGCGUGUUUGGAGGCCACGAGCUCGUUUCAGGUAUUUCAGGAUCACAGGUAAACCCUCCUCCUCCAACUCCUCGGUCAUGGCUGUGAGAGCUGCCUUUGAGAAAAACAACGAGAUCGGCUGCUUCGCCAAGCUGACCAACACGUACUGCCUGGUGGCCAUCGGCGGCUCGGAGAACUUCUACAGUGUGUUUGAAGGGGAGCUGUCAGAAACCAUCCCGGUGGUUCACGCUUCCAUAGCGGGCUGUCGCAUCAUCGGGAGGAUGUGUGUCGGAAAUCGUCAUGGCCUCCUGGUUCCCAACAACACGACAGACCAGGAGCUGCAGCACAUCAGAAACUGCCUCCCAGAUGCCGUGAAGAUCCAGAGAGUCGAGGAGAGGCUGUCUGCUCUUGGGAACGUCAUUGCCUGCAACGACUAUGUUGCGCUGGUCCACCCCGACCUCGACAGGGAGACAGAGGAGAUCCUGGCAGACACUCUGAAGGUGGAGGUUUUCCGUCAGACGAUAGCAGAGCAGGUCCUCGUCGGCUCGUACUGCGCGUUCAGCAACCAGGGAGGCCUCGUCCACCCGAAGACGUCGAUAGAAGAUCAGGACGAGCUGUCGUCUCUGCUACAGGUCCCCCUGGUGGCGGGCACAGUGAACCGGGGCAGCGAGGUCAUCGCGGCGGGGAUGGUGGUCAACGACUGGUGCGCAUUCUGCGGCUUGGACACCACCAGCACGGAGCUGUCGGUCAUCGAGAGCGUGUUCAGACUGAGUGACACGGCGCAGCCCUCCGCCAUCGCCACCAGCAUGCGAGACUCGCUGAUCGACAGCAUGGCGUAGAGCCGCCUCCCGUCUUCCUGCCAUCGAGGACCUCUGCCACGGGACUUCCUUUCUCAAGCUUCUCCUUCCAAACACCACGGCCCAACCACAGCUCCCUCCCACAGUACGACUGUCGUUUUCUUCUUCUGUCCCGGCAGAGCGACGCAUCCUGGCAGGUGAAACGGUUUCAUCCACUGACGUGAACUGUGAGGGGCGGAGAGGAUCUGAGCAGGAAACAAAGCUGUGGUUACACAGUGAUGAUGCUGCUCUGCAUGUGAUUAUUGACCCCGAUCUGCAGGUCCCAGUCUGGACCCAUGUUUAUGACGUGUUUCUGAUCCUCAAACCUAACCCAGCAUACACCUCCAGCACUCUGAAAUGAUUUGAUUGUGGCAGUAACUAACGAGAACCCAGUGUAAUUAAUAAACACAGGAACGGUCUCUGCAGAGUUCCUCCUCAGAUUGUAUGAAACGAGACGACGUGGAGGAUGGUUCUUAAAUGUGCGUCUUGUAUACAAAAUAAAAUGUGUCACCGCUUUUUA